AUGGGUCUUCGUUCUUGGGUCAAGACCACGGCGUCUCGCGAUUCAGAGUUCCAGUCUCAAGAUGCCGCCAUCCCGGAACCAGAUCUUCCGUUCACCCCUGGUCAGAGUAGUCCCGAUGUCGAGAAAUCGGAUAGCCUGAGCGAGAAGGAACGUGACAAUAUUCAGUAUACGGACAGGACGCCCGAGAAGACGGAGCUCACACCCAUGGAGGCGUACAAGUGGGACGUGUCCGGAGAGCAGUCUCCCUUCCCGGAAGUGGCGGCGUGUGUACCGGUCACUGACGAUCAUACUUUGGAGGUCAACACUUUCCGGAUGUGGGUAUUGGUGACUGUAUUUGUGAUACUUUUCUCCGGUGUUAAUAUGUUCUUCUCGUUACGAUAUCCGAGUUUGACUCUUAACUAUGUUGUGGCCCAAUUGCUCGUAUUCCCCGUCGGACGGUUAUGGGAGCGUCUCCCAACAUGGCGUGUAGGGUUCGGUCAAUGGACGUUCAGGAUCAACCCAGGUCGCUUCCACGUUAAAGAGCAUGCCAUUAUCGUCAUCUGCGUAAACUUGACCGCUACAACCGCCUACGCCAUGGGCUCUUUGGUCGCUAUUACUUCCGAAGAGUUCUGGGGACAGGACUACGGUGCUGGAUUCGGUAUCCUUUACAUUCUGACUACACAGUUCCUUGGCUUUGGUCUUGCAGGUCUCGCACGUCGGUGGAUCGUGUACCCUGGUGCUAUGAUUUGGCCUGCUUCCUUGGCUUCCACCGUCCUGUUCCGCGCUUUGCACGAGCCCCAGGAUGAGUCGCCAGCCAAUGGAUGGGUCAUCACCCGUUAUCGCUUCUUCCUUUACGUCGUCGCCGGAAGCUUUGUCUGGUAUUGGUUCCCAGACUACAUCUGGACAGGACUUUCUUCCUUCGCGUUUAUCACCUGGAUUUGGCCCAACAAUCAGAAGGUUAACGCGAUCUUCGGUAUGAAUAGUGGUCUCGGUCUUCUUCCUAUCUCGUUCGACUGGACUGUCAUCAGCUAUGCUGGUCAACCACUUACAACGCCUUUCUGGGUCACGGCUAACUGUUUUGCGGCUGUUGCGAUUUUUUACCUGUUCAUCGCUCCCAUUUUGUACUACUCUGGCGUGUGGUACUCUGACUACCUUCCCCUUCUGUCGAGUUCCACGUUCGAUAACACCGGUGCUUCGUACAACAUCACGAAGGUCGUCAACUCUGAUUUGACGUUCAACUUGGAGAAGUACAAGGAAUACUCGCCGAUGUAUAUCUCCAUGGCGUACUCGAUCUCUUACGGGUUGAACUUCGCUGCUAUCACCGGCAUCAUUGUACACACUUAUCUCUACAAUGGAGCCGAGAUUUGGGCUAAGCUUCGUAAUGCGACGAGCGGCGGUGAAGAUAUCCACAAACGCCUCAUGAACAGAUACAAAAACGUCCCUGAGUGGUGGUACAUGAUCGUAACCGUCGUCACACUUGGUCUCGGAAUUUUCACCAUCCGUUUCUGGGAUACUCAGCUUCCUGUCUGGGGCUUCGUCGUCGUUGCGUGGGGUAUCGGAGUCGUCAUGAUGAUUCCCGAGGGUAUCCUGCAAGGAACGACGAACCAACGUGUCUUCCUGAACAUUAUCACUGAGCUUAUCGCUGGUUACGCUUGGCCCGGAAAACCAUUAGCGAACAUGAUGAUUAAGUUCUAUGGUUACAACGCAGUCAAGCAUGGCAUGGAUUUCGCGCAAGAUCUCAAGCUCGGCCAGUACAUGAAAGUCGACCCUCGCAUACUCUUCUAUGCACAAAUCUACUCGAGUAUCCUCGCCGCAAUCACGCAAGUGGGUGUGUUCCGUUGGAUGCUUGGACAUAUCGAGAAUCUGUGCAGCUCGAAGAACACCAAUCGGUUCACGUGUGCUGGCACGAAGGUCGUCUACAAUGCGAGUUUGAUCUGGGGAACCGUCGGACCACAGAGACUGUUCGCGCAAGGACAGACUUACAGCCAACUCAUGUAUUUCUUCCUUAUAGGCCCCGCACUGGUCGUCAUUUUCUACUUGCUCUACAGACGCUAUCCUAACAGUUGGUUGAGAUAUGUUAAUCUCCCCAUCUUCUUCAACUCUGCAGGAAAUAUCCCACCGGCCAACACCACUCAAUAUUCUCUUUGGUUUAUGACUGGCCUUGUAUUCAACUACUUCAUCCGCCAACGCGCCUUCCAAUGGUGGAAGCGAUAUAACUACCUCCUAUCCGCAGGCCUCGACACCGGCGUCGCCUUUGCCACCAUCAUCAUCUUCUUCGCCCUCUCAUAUAACAGCAUCACGUUCGACUGGUGGGGCAACUCCGUCGUGACGAUGGAUACGAAAUCGACACCUUGGAAGACCGUGACGAAAGGGAGUUACUUUGGUCCAGGGCCUGGAGAGUUUUAG